ACGGAUGGAUGUUAGGUUAGAUCAGGAAAUAUAAAUUCGUACAUGUGUGUUUGUAAUCGAUACUCGCGACUUGUGAACACCGAUGAUUAUUUGUCACAUGCUAUCGGAAAUUUUAUUACCGUCUGAUUAUCGGCACAAUGUACGAGAUAAACUAACAGAAACCUAAGACAAACUUGUAGAUAAAUAUAUUUUUAGCACAUAAUAUUCAGCGAUUGUCGCAAGCAUGGAAAAACAUAAUAUAUUACAAGUACAUCUGGAAAGACCUCUGUAUGAACAUAAAACCUUGAAUCAAAUUUAUUGUUAUGAUAAACCAAGAUCAUCAUUGAUACAAAACACAGUAAAAAAUAUCAGAUCAAAAAAUUGGAGGUCUUAUGUAACAUCUGUAGUACCAGCAAUAAGAUGGCUAGGUUCCUACAGUUGGAAGGAAAAUAUACUAUCUGAUAUAAUCUCUGGUUUAACUGUGGGAAUUAUGCAUAUACCACAAGGUAUGGCUUAUGCGCUUCUGGGAAAUUUACCUCCCGUAGUCGGCAUAUACAUGGCCUUCUUGCCUGUCUUGGUAUAUUUUUUCUUCGGAACAUCUAAGCACAUAUCCAUAGGAACUUUUGCUGUGGUUUGCUUAAUGACUGGCAAAGUAGUAACAACUUAUUCGACAACUUACUCGACUGUGGGACACGUGUCUACGAAUACCUCAGAUGCAGUUUCUCAACGUCUCGAGGAUGUCACGAAUAUGCACACACCAAUGCAAGUAGCGACGGCCGUAACGCUGAUGGUCGGGAUAUUGCAGGUAAUAAUGUAUAUAUUCCGAUUAGGCAUUGUGGCAACGUUGCUCAGUGAAACUUUAGUAAAUAGUUUUACGACAGGAGCUGCGGUUUACGUUUUAAUAUCGCAGAUCAAGGAUCUUCUCGGUCUUAAGUUACCAAAGAAUAAAGGAUAUUUUCAGUUAAUUUUUUCUGUUAUAGAUAUAUUUAAAGAAGUGAAGAAUGCAAAUAUAGCUGCUGUGAUAGUAUCAACCAUAUCAAUUGUUGUUCUUGUUAUCAAUAAUGAGGUUUUAAAGCCACGGAUAAAUAAGAAAUGCAGCAUACCGAUACCGAUUGAGCUCAUCGCGGUCGUCGGCGGGACGUUGGUCUCGAGAUAUUGCGAUUUACCAAAGCUUUACGAUAUUAAAAUUGUCGGACAUAUCCCCACAGGACUUCCCAAACCGGAAGUACCGAGUAUCGAAUUGUUGCCUUUGAUAGCAGUGGACAGUAUUGCGAUAACCAUAGUUUCGUAUACCAUCACCGUGUCGAUGGCACUGAUAUUCGCGCAGAGGCUCAGCUACGAGAUAGAUUUGAAUCAGGAGUUUCUUGCAAUGGGAUUCAGUAACGUGGUAGGCUCUUUUUUCUCGUGUAUGCCGAUUUCAGCAUCUCUAAGCAGAUCACUUAUUCAACAAGCUGUCGGAGGACGUACGCAGAUAGCGAGCGUCGUCUCCUGUUUACUACUGCUCGUUAUACUUCUAUGGAUCGGGCCGUUCUUCGAACUUUUACCGAAAUGUGUACUGGCUUCCAUAAUAGUCGUAGCGUUGAAGGGGAUGUUUGUGCAAGCCAAGCAACUCGUGAAAUUCUGGAAGCUGAGCAAGACCGACGCCAUAAUUUGGGUCGUAACGUUCCUAAUAGUGACGUUAAUUAACAUCGACAUCGGAUUAUUAGCGGGAUUGCUAGUGUCGCUCGUCAUUAUUUUACUGCAAACUAUUCGAUCUUAUACAUGUCUGCUAGGCCACAUACCACAUACAGAUUUGUACUUGGAUUUGGACAGAUAUAAAGCGGCAAAGGAGAUUCAAGGGGUCAAGAUAUUUCGCUACAGCGGCACCCUAAACUUUGCAAAUAACAGCCACUUCAAAUCCGUUGUGUAUAAAUUAAUAGGAAUAUGUCCACAGGAAAUGAUUAAACGCAGGAAGAAACUAGCGGAAGAGAGUCGUUUCUUAGAGAACAAAGAUGUCAGUGAACAUGAAUUUCAAUGCAUCAUCAUGGAUAUGAGUGCGUUGAAUUACGUCGAUCCUAGUAGCGUUCAUGUGUUGCACGUAAUCGUAGAAGAGUUUGCACAGGUGAACAUCGAGUUCUACUUUGUCAAUUGCCUCGGUCCUGUUUUCGAAAUGAUAAAUAAAUGCGACACUUAUAUAUACGGUGCAAUAUCGUUAAAGAUUUUCGCAACUGUGCAGGAUGCCAUCGUUCAUUUCCAAAUGAGCAAUGAGGUUGCCGCAAGAUAACACCCGAGAACAUCUGUUUUUUUUAUUUGUUUCAUCACGUGUACGCUAUAUUUUUGAUAAUCAUGUUAACGUGCAAUAGGCAGAAAGGAACGAACAGUUGUUGUACUUUGCGCUGUUAUUGCUCUUCCUUUUACCUUUAAGAGUAUUCCUUAUAUAAAGAGAUAUACGUAAGAGAUAUUUUCCAAUCAAUGCCAAAAAAUUUCACGGCGCGUUAUGAAGAAUGAUCGAUUUAUAUUGUAUAGUUGUGUGCUGCAAUUUGCGACUUCGAUUAAGUACAACUUUUUAGGAAAUUAGGAAUUUAGAAACAAUUUGUUUGCAAUUCCAAUUUUACAUUGUGAACAAUUGGAGAGAAGUCGCUAAUUGUUGGAUGUUUGAUGUACGUUAAUACUUAGAGACUGUAUUGAAAACAAAGUGAUAAAAAUGUACUUCAUAAUUUAUAAACUUUCCUACGGAUGAAUAUAUAUAAUUGUUCUAUUGGUUUUAAUCAUGUCGUUUUAUUAAUUAGCUUUUAAAAGAUCUUAUGCUACUGUUGAUUAAAAAGACUCGAAAUUGUGGUGU